AUGUUUGUUAAUCUUUCUUUUUCUUUCUUUCUUUCUUUCUUUCUUUCUUUCUUUCUUUCUUUCUUUUCCCUUAUUCUUUGUUUGUUAUUCUUUCUUUCUUUCUUUCUUUCUUUCUUUCUUUCUUUCUUUCUUUCUUUCUUUCCCGUAUUCUCAAUGUUUUUAUUCUUUCUUUCUUUCUUUCUUUCUUUUCUUUCUUUCUUUCUUUUUCUUUCUUUCUUUCCUUUCUUAAUCUUUCUUUCUUUCUUUUCUUUCUUUCUUUCUUUCUUUCUUUCUUUCUUUCUUUCUUUCUUUCUUUUUUUCUUUUCUAUUCUCAAUGUUUUAUUCUCAUUGUUUGUUAAUCUUUGUAUUUUCUUUCUUUCUUUCUUUCUUUCUUUCUUUCUUUCUUUCUUUCUUUCUUUUUCUUUCUUUAUUCUCAUUGUUUCUUUAAUCUUUCCUUUUUUGUCUUUCUUUCUUUCUUUUUUCUUUCUUUAUACCUCAUUGUUUGUUAAUCUUUUUCUUUGUUUCUUUCUUUUCUUUCUUUUUUCUUUCUUUCUUUCUUUUUUUUUUCUUUCUUUCGUAUUCUCAUUGUUUGUUAAUUUCUUUUUUUUUUCUUUCUUUGUUUUUCUUUAUUUCUUUCUAUCUUUCUUUCUUUCUUUCUUUCUUUCCCGUAUUCUCAUUGUUUGUUAA